AUGUCCAAGUCGCCUGUAGAAACCAGUGACUUGUCCACGGUGGCUAGCCAGGAAGCCAUUGGCGAGAAGUAUCCUGCUGCUGUGGUUACUACCAAAGAUGAGCAUGGACAUGGUGAAGAUGACGCCGACAGCGAUCCGGACGCGAUUAUCAUCACCGGUGCUGACGCAGCUAUUCAUCUCUUAUCUCUUCGAGAUGACUUUGACACGGUCUUGACCUUUCGCAGUAUAUUACUUGCUUCCGGCCUUGCGUGUUUCCAGGCUGUGAUGAACCAGAUUUAUCAGUUCAAACCGACCUUGAUUACGAUUCAAGGAACCUUCAUCGUUCUCAUCUCCUACUUUGUCGGCAAUGCCUGGGCGAGAUUCCUUCCCCGUGGCGAUAAAUUCGAAGCUCGCUGGAGGGCGAAAGGCGGCCAGGGAGCCCUACCAUGGUGGAUCAAGGUCAUAAAGUUCUUCAACUACGGGCCAUGGAGUUUGAAAGAACAUGCAAUCUGUUCAAUCACUGCUACGUCGGCCUCAAAUGCGGCGUCUACCUCAACCGUGUUUGCAGCACAGGAUCUAUUCUACAAUCUUCCCCUCACCCCCGCGACUGUGAUCUUGAGUACUAUCUCUAUUGGCCUGUUUGGCUACGGGAUCUGCGGAAUUCUGCGUCCCAUCGCUGUCUGGCACACGGAGGCCGUCUACUGGAGUAGUUUGCCUACCGUCAAGACUCUCCAGGGACUUCAUUGGCAGGAAGUCAAAAACUCGAAACCGCUUCGAUACUUUUGGUAUGCAUUCACUGGCAUGUCAAUAUACGAGAUCAUUCCUGCCUACAUCUUCCCGUGGCUAAACUCUGUGUCUAUUCCGUGUUUGGCUGCACAAAAGGCCACUGGGGAAACUGGUGCCGUACUCAACAAUAUCUUUGGUGGGGCAACCAACAAUCAGGGUCUCGGUCUAUUUUCGUUCUCGUUCGAUUGGCAAUAUCUCACCUCUUUCCAAACCUCACUCCCUCUCAAACUGCAAAUUCAUCAGGCAGCUGGACUUUUUUCCUGCUUCUUUAUUAUGAUAGGCAUUUAUUACGGAAAUGGCUGGAAUUCGAGAUCACUUCCAUUCAUGUCGACGAGAAUGCUCACGAACAACGGCACCACAUACCCCCUGCACGACGUUUUCCCCGGUGGUGUCCUCGACGAGACUGCCCUGACCAAGUUUGGCUUGCCGAGGCUCACUGGAACUUUUGCAUUCGCCAUGUUCAUGGCCAACGCAGCAAUGGGUGCCCUGAUCGUUCAUUGCAUCUUAUUUUGGGGCAAGGAUAUCCGUCGCUCCUAUAAAAGCGCGAGAGAGGGUAGAUAUGAUGAUCGGCACCAUGAUCAUAUGGCCAAGCAUUACAAAGAGGCUCCGUGGUGGUGGUAUAUCGUCGUGCUUGUUGGCAGCUUUAUUCUCGGCAUAAUUGUGACUGUGAAAGAAAACAUCACCUUGUCGGUUUGGGCAUAUGUUAUUUCACUGCUAGUAGGAUGCAUUAUCGCCCCCUUCAGUGUCAUCCUCUAUUCUCGCUUCGGUAAUGGUAUUGCAACCAACAAUUUGUCAAAAAUGCUGGCUGGACUCAUCCUGCCUGGACGCCCGGUCGGUAACAUGUACUUCGCUGCCUGGUCGCAUAACGUCAUUUCAAAUGCGGUUAUGCUUUCCAAUGACCUGAAGAUGGGCGAAUACCUCAAAAUCCCGCCCCGGAUCAUGUUCCUGACACAGUUGUACGGCACAGUUCUUGGUGGUUUCGUCAACUACGCCAUCAUGAUCUCUAUUGUGUCAAGCAAUCGAGCGCUUCUCACCGACGGCAAUGGAAAUUCCUCCUGGAGUGGUGCAGGCAUACAAUCUUACAACACCAAUGCCGCAUCAUGGGCUUUGGCUCCCUAUAUCUAUAAGAUUGGUACCCCAUACGGGGCUAUACCUAUUGGUUUAGCCGUUGGAGCUGGUGCUGUGGUUGUUCACCGCAUCUUUUAUCACUUUGUACCCAAAAUCGGAAAGCUCGACGUUGCGGAAAUCAAUCUCCCGCAGUACAUCCAAUACGCCGGUUAUAUUCCCUACAACCAAAGCCAGACCUGCGUCAUCUUCACCUGGAUCACCGCCGGAUUCUACGUUCAAUAUUAUCUCCGCAACUAUAAGCCGCGGAUUUUCAAGGAUUAUUCAUAUCUCAUUACCGGCGCCUUUGAUGGUGCUAGUUUGACGGUUCUCUUCAUCCUCUCGUUUGCUGUUUUCGGCGCUGGUGGGCCUUCGCACCCAUUCCCAACGUGGUGGGGAAACAACGAUAAUGGGAACUACGAUUGGUGUCCGGUAGUAGAGUAG